CUGUGAUAUAAAUCAUUACUUAGUCAGAAAAAUAUUUCCAUAUUCUUGAAAAAGGACAAGUGUCCGAAAAUUCGAAAUAAAGAGUAAAAUAUCAACACAGAUUUGUACUAUACUUCCCUUCGGAAGAUUUACAGACAUAUUAUAAAGUUGUAAGUUGUACUGAUUUCAAGCAGAUUGAUGACGUCAUUUACGGAUUCAGUCGCGGUAGCAAGACGAGAUACAUGACCAUCAUAAAAAGCUACACCUGGAUAAAGAAAACAAAGUUGGGAACAUUUAUUCCGUGUUAAAAGCCAACAAUAAACAUGGUCGUCUGUUAAAGUUAACAAGGAGCACGUCUGCCAAUAUAAGCGAUAUCAUGGGCCUUCCUCAAAUCAAGUUUGAUCCAAAGUACAAAAACCCAUGCUUUCUAGGUGCCAAACCCAACCCACUAUUCAACGACGACCGGUUACAUUGCCUCCCAUAUUUCUACCUUAUAGGUGUGAAGAAAAGUGGUACGUCGGACUUAUUCAAGAGAAUUUCAGCACAUCCAGAAUUUCGAGAUCCUGACUUUAAAGAAGCCCAAUGGUUUCCUAGGACUCGAUUUGGAUUUGGCAUUAGAUCAUACAAAAGGAAGCCAUUUUUUAAAGAAACUCUUGGAAAAGGCAUUGACAAUCGCAGCAUAAAGUUCUACUUCACCUUGUAUCGCCGUGCUGCAGCCAGGAUACAAAAAUGUGUGUCCAACCACAUGAAAGGCGGAACUUACCAUAACUGUAUAACAGCUGAUGCAACUCCUGCAAAUCUUCAUAUACAUACCGGUUGGGAUUUGUUGCCUGGCAACGAGGGAUUGACGGAACCACGUUACACAACUUUUCAUUACAUCAAACAUUUAACACCCAAUGCGAAGAUUAUUAUUAUAUUCAGAGAUCCUGUUACAAGGCUCUUUUCUGACUUCUUACACGAAAUGAAAAUUAGAGGACGCCUUCAUUCAUCUUCGAAAAUGAUAGCAAAGAUGUUUCACAAACAAACCUUAGCGCUGAUGGAUGCGUAUGAAACAUGUUUCAAGCGUUUCUCAAUGAGACGAUGUCUCUAUAAUGAAACACUUCCGAAACAACUACAAAAGAAAAGUAUAAUAUUGGCCGAGAGUUUCCGUGCUGGAUUUUAUGCUUUCUAUAUGCAAGAGCUUUUGUCUGUGUUUAGAAAGGAUCAGAUAUUGACUGUACACAUGGGACAAUACCUGACUAGAACUAAACAAACUCUUGCAAACACUUUCAAAUUCCUCAAUAUGAGUCCAUUAUCUUCAAGAAAAAUGUCGGACAUUUUGAAGCUAACAGUAGCUAAUACGGCAAAGUCUGACGCUACCAUGUACAAGAAGACAAAAGACUUGCUAUACACAUUCUAUAAACCUUAUAAUAAAAAGAUGGCCUCACUUAUGGGAGACAGUCGAUACCUAUUUCCACAAGGUUAAAAAAGUCAUACAAGUAUUAAAUGAUUUUUUUUCUAUCGACGUCAGUAUAUAAACGCGUUUACGAUUUGGACAAAGUAGCUGACAGCUACUCAAGCAUGAAACUUUUUUGCACUUACUCCGAAAUUCAGUCAAGUUAUCCAUGUAAAAAUUAAAAAGCUUAAUACAGUAGUAUGCCUAUGAUAUUUCGAUAGUGAUUGGCGUCAGUUUCCUAUUUGUCUAGAAGAAUUUACCAGGGACGUUGCAGUUAUAUACAACGGUUUAAUUGCUUUUAUGUUGUUCAUUGUUUGAUAUACGUGAGAGACUGGGGUGCCGCUGAGGAUCCGUGAACCUUACAGUGAGCAUAUAUGUAACAUUUAAUUGCUUUAUGUUAUUCAUUGUGUGGAAUAAGCAAGAAACGAUGGGUAUUGCUGAGGAUCCGUGAACCUUG